GGAAACUAGACAUCAGAUUGCUGAUUCAGAGUUUGAUCCCAGAUGUGGGAGGAGAAAUCUUUCUGGAGUUCCUCAUAACUCACUGAAAUGAGGUAGGCUGGUUCUGCUUGGGAGCAACAGAUGGAUUAGAUCAACAUGGGAGAACAGAGAGAUAAGGAGAAGGACCUGAAUGACUGUGGCUUCAAAGAAGCCGGAGAAAAGGAAUGAGUUGAAGAGAAAGAUUAAUGCAUCAAAAAGUAGGAAAUAUAAUUGCUUUCUGAAGUGUUUCUCUGAACCCUGUCAGUUGUAAAGAGUUUUGAAACAAUCUAUGGUAGCAUAUUGGAACACGUGUUGGAUACAUUUCGUCAGCUCACAAAUGGAAGUUUAAGAGACUUUAUGCAAAAUAUAUGUGAAAAUGGAAACUUCAUCUUUGCUAUCAUCUUUACAUGAUGAAUGUAGAUCAGACAACUAUAUUGAACCUCACUACAAAGAAUGGUACCGAGUAGCUAUUGAUGCUCUAAUUGAAGGAGGUUUAGAAGCCUACAAAGAAUUUCUUUCCAAGGAGAGAUGUUCAGAGUUCCUAGCGGAUGAGGAAAUUGAUUAUAUUUUGAACAAUGUUCACAAACUUCCCCAAAACACAGUUUAUUCCUCUAACCAUGCCAUUGAUGACACCUCUUCCUCGGGAACCUACUGGCCCAUUGAAUCAGAUGUGGAAGCUCCAAACCUUGACUUAGGCUGGCCCUACCUGAUGCCUGGAAUUUCUGGUGGCACGAAUAUUGAUCUGCUUUUUCAUCCUCCACGCGCACAGCCUUACACCAUAAAGGAAACUAUUCGGAAGCUGAUACGAGAUGCAAGAAAGGUCAUUGCCAUUGUUAUGGAUAUGUUUACAGACGUGGAUAUUUUUAGAGAAAUUGUGGAGGCAUCUACUAGAGGGAUUGCAGUGUAUCUCCUACUUGAUGAAUCAAACUUCAGUCACUUUCUGAAAAUGACGGAGAAACAAGGCUGUCAAGUUCAGAGGCUCAGGAACAUGAGGGUGCGGACAGUAAAAGGACAAGAUUACUAUUCUAAAACAGGAGCAAAAUUCCAUGGAAAAAUGGAACAAAAAUUUAUUCUUGUGGACUGUAAGAAAGUCAUAUAUGGUUCUUACAGCUUUAUGUGGUCAUUUGAAAAAACCAACCUCAGUAUGGUUCAAGUUAUCACAGGACAGCUGGUUGAAUCCUUUGAUGAAGAAUUCAGGACACUGUAUGCCCGUUCUUCUGUUCCUAGUUCGUUUGCCCCAGAAUUAGCACGGGUAAACAGUCGCAGGAUACUCUGGGAUAAUGAUACAUACCAACACUCGGUGGCUUCCUUGGCGUCGGUUUCUAGCCAAAGAAACCUUUUUGGUCGGCAAGACCAGGUUCACAAGAUAGAUCCUGUUUGUUGGAAUACUCGUGGAAGAUACGCAGGAAAUGAAAUAGAUAAAUAUGGCUUGAGAAAUCAAGCCUAUAAUAAACAACCAUUUCAUCCAGCUUUUAACGUGCAAAAUCCAAUCCAGCAGUAUCAACCUAGUGAAAAGAAUGAGCACUGGAAGAGACAUAGCUAUGCUGGGGAGAAGCCAGAAAGGACACCUUACCUAUUGCUCAACAGAGCAAUUAAUAGAGCGAACAAUCCAUCAAAUAUGUGGAAAAUGCCAUCCGAUAGCCUUAGUAUUGUUUCUUCAUUACGAGGAGGAUAUGCAAAUAACUACAAUACACCCCAGCAAAGUUUUGCUGAUCAGUUUUCACGACCAAAGGUAAAUCUUGCAGAAAGAAAUUCAAUUGUACGGAGGUCUUUUAAUGGGACGGAUAAUCAUAUCCGCCAUCUGCAGCAAAGGAUGCCAACCUUGGAACACACAACAAAAUCAUUCCUACGUAACUGGCGAAUUAAGUCAUAUUUGGAUGAUCAAUCAGAUUAUCCAGUAGAGUCUAAUGGGUCGGCCUUGGGUGACAGAUAUGACAGCUAUGACACAGCUGAAAAUAUUAAAGCUCAUGCAUUGUAUUCUCAUUCUCGAUUACGAUCAUCGUUGGUGUUUCAGCCAACUCUACCGGAACAGCAGGAAGUAAGCAGCUGUGCGAGUUCUUCAAAUUCAACUAUAAUUGGGUCAGAGGGAAGUGCAACACCUAAAGGGACAUCUAAUCAUGCUCCAAGUAUGGAGAAUGGAACAGAUAAUGUUUCAGAAGAGCUUAACACAAAUGUCCCACUUAAAUCAGAUGCACCAAAAAACCACAAAAUUCAUAUUGCAGACAACACAAAACCUAGUGUAAAUUCAAAUGCAACAGGUGACUCAUCUCUCUACUUGUACGCAACACUGUGUGCAGACAAACAUGCAGAAAAUUCGAAGAACCUUCAAAAUGAAAAUAUACUAAAGAGGAGAAGUUUUCCCAUGUUUAAUUCAAAGUCCAUAUUAGACCCUGGUGCCAACAAGCAUGCAUCCAGUUACGUUUACAGCACAUUGACUAGGCAUAGACUUAAGCAGCCAGUUAGUCCAAAACUUCCAGAAGACACUCUGAAGAGCUCUAAAAGUAUGCACAGCGUGACCAACCACUUGCCACAGGAGGAGAAGAACCUCAAAGGAGAAUUAAAGAGCCCCACUGCUAGCAGGGCCAUCUCUAUGGCUGCUCUUACUGAACCUAGCAAAGAGGAGUCUUGUAAGGAUUGUACAUCAAAGAAAGAAAGUAAGAAUUCCCCAAGUUUUCUAAAGAAAGGAUCCCAGAAAUUGCGGUCACUUCUUAAUCUCACACCAGACAAGAAGGAAAAUCUGUCAAAAAACAAAGGUCCUGCCUUUUACAGAAUGUGUAGUAGUUCUGAUACGUUGGUUUCUGAAGAAGAGAAUCAAAAGCCAAAGAUUUCUGAGAAUAAGACAGAGUCUUCCCCAAGGAGAAAGAGAAACACAUCAUCAAAUUCUCAAGGUAGCUUGAACAGAAGUAAAGAAGAUGUCACAGCGAGCCCAACAAAGUCUCCAAAGUCUCCAAAACCUCCAAAGUCACCAAAACCUCAAAACCCUCCAUCUGAUGAAUGCAAUAAAAAGUGUCCUCUCUUGUGCCCCCUUGAAAGUAAGUUCAUAGAAACUGCAGGAGAUGCAUCUACCCCAAGAUUUAAUACAGAGCAGAUUCAGUAUCAAGACGUAAAGGAAAUCACCACAAAUACUACUCCCGAAAGUGCCCCUGUUCCUGCUCUUCAAAGAGCGAGUUCAAUGACACCACAGCCGGCCAGCUCAAAAUGCCAAGAGGAGCUAAGAUCUCGUUUGAGUGAAAGGCGUGUUUAUAGUCGCUUUGAGCCAUUCUAUAAGAUAGAAAAUGUGAGCCAACCUGCACGAAAUGCACCUAACAGCAGUUCACAUCUCUCAGAUAUCAAAAGCAAGACCCUAGGGAAUAGUUAUGGCAGGAGUAAUCACAUGGUUACCUACAACUCAACUGCUUACCAUCCAUUGCAACCUAAUGAAAAUAAGCUGAGAGGAUUUAUGCAAAAGUUUGGGAACUUCCUACACAAAAACAAGUAAAACUUUUGUUGAUUAUGUUGGAAUACAGCAAGAAUAGCAAAGCUGGACAUAAUUGUAACUGGACAAGGCUGAUGGGCAACUUCUGUGGAGUCUUCUUGAGUUUAGGACAUUGGAAUGAAUGUACAUAUUUUUACAUAAUUAUCCUAGAAUUGUAAUACUGAAGUCUUUACAGAGAUUCUGUGUGCAGAAGAUGUCUCAAGGGAGUUGUUUAUAGUGUUUAUAUUGUAAGAAUAAUUUUAUACAUUUUCCUUGUGAAGAAAGUACAUACUAGCAUAUUGCAAGAUUAAGUGCAGGGAAAAAAAGAUGGAGACUGUUUUUAAACUCAAAUAAUACUGUUGCCAAAGAUUUGCCCUUUAAAAAUAGGAUAGCACUAGGAAUAGUCUUGCAUUUUUUCAGCGUGUAUGUACAUUUUUAAAUGAAAAACACAAAUGUUAAUGCAUUGCAUGUUACUUAUCUUUAAUUUUUGAAAACCUCUUUUAGGCUUCAUCUUGUUAAUAAUAAUUUACCCCAUAGCACCUAUCAAACUGUUUGGGCAGCAGAUGGAUCUAUCUUACUUUGUUGAAUUUUCCAUGUAAUAUGAUAUUUUUCUAAAGUAUUUGGCACACAGACCUUAAAGUGACCUAAAUCUGAGCUUUCACAGACUUGUUUACAUGGUUAAACUAGUGCAAAUGUAAGAUGAAUGUUUAAAACAACAAAAAAAAAACUAUUUAUAAAAAAAGAUGCCUUGAACAUAGCUUACAACUAGUUUAAAUUUUGAAUGGGUUAAUUACAUUUGUAUAACAUGCCAGUAUUCUGUAAUGUAUUCUAAAAACAAUUUUUUGUUACAUUUUUCUAUUUGGUGUUUAAAAAAAAGAAAGUCUGUGGACUUCCAUUUCUCAGGUAAGUUUUUGAGUUUCACAUGUGAAAGUCUGUUUUAAAUGUUGCCAGAUACAUUUGCGACUCUGGCUUUAAUAACCUAGUUUUUUUAAAUAAGGUUGCAAGUGCUUAGCCUAGGCAUUAUGAGGAGGAUUGCAAGCUCAACCCUGCAAUGCUGCCAUAUGCUCAGAUGAAUAUUACAAGGCCAGGAGCAAUUAGGCAUCUAAAAAUGAGAUGUGUAAAAGUUACCAAGUCAAACAGUAAGGCACCUCUCCUAAGCCAAAGAAAGUAUCAGUGAAGGGUGAUAGUAUCAAGUGUUUAACCUUAAUGAAGGUAUUUAGGCACCUAACUGCAGUCUGUGGAACACAUUUUUGUUCAUCUGAGCCUCUCAGUCAUAAAAAAAAUUCAUGCUGUGAAGUGCCUAUGCCAGGUUAGUGCUUCCAAAAAACACAGGCGGGGUGUUUGGGCAGCAGCAUGGCAUCCACUUUUCAUCUGCAACGUGCAGCCGGAACACCCAUCUGGCUCAUGCCCUCCUGGAUGUGGAGGUUGUCUCUUAGGAGAAUGCCAUAACCAUUUAGCUGCAAGAUGGUCUGCAAUAAUUUUGCUCCAAAUUCAGAAAUCUGGGAAAAGUCAUUGCUGAAAGCUUAUAAUCCUUACACAAGGUCUUCAUGUUUCAGGAGCACUUUUUAGGAGACCAGUUCACUUUCAUACCUGAAAGGUCCUACAGCAUUCUAUGGGGGAGUCCCACUAGGAAGAUCUUGGCUUUAUUCUUUAGAAACACCAAAAGGCAUUUCAUGCACCAGCUAGAUCAAGUUCAUUUGUUUUUUCUACCUGUGGCCCUGGGAAGAUACUUUAUACAGAAAUCUACUUCUCACCAAGAAUCUGCUCCAGCUCCUGUGAACUCACCAUAGUUAUUGUCAGUGAUUUCAGUGAAGCAAUGUCACCUUUAUGUUCAAACCGUUUUCCAGGCAACCUUAUCAGGUUGAUGAAAUCAUAGUAAUAACUGUUUCAUUGUGGGGAUGGUAUUUAUUUAUGAGUGGCAAAGUCUUGCAUCUCUAUCCUCUGCUGAAAGUUUCAGUUUCUCCUUCACCUGUGGCCACAGAAGAGAUUUUAUGAAUUUCUUGAUGACCACUGGUCACUUUGUUCACUCCUUGCCAUAGUUGGUAGUUUUCCCAAGUGAACAUUUAUACUGAAAUGUUCUGUGCUGACAGGGGCAGCAGUUUCAGACCCAUGGCAAGGAGUGCUCCAGGUGCACAGUGCUUAGUACUCCAGGUAUAUUUUCAGUAUAGUCACAACAUACUUCCUCAGCUACACAGCUAAAAGCAAUGCAAUACUGUAUGUUUUAUAGCUCUUAAUAUUUUUAUCAGGAUAGACAACUAUUCAGGAUGAUGCCUGAAUUAACAGUACAGCAAAGGAACUUAAGCAAGAUGCAGGUGGUGCUAAAAAGGGUGUGGGUAGUUUUUAGGAGGAUCUUUAGUUUUCCCUUGUACUCUUAUGAGCUCUGACAUAAACUUGUAGGCAGUAUUACAUUUGGGAAGGAAAUGAGAGAGGGAGAACAAGGGUCUUGGGGCACGUUUUGAAGUGACAGUGCUUUCCAUUUUGUAGUAGACUUUGGGAAAUCUGUUAUGAUACAGUUUGGAAAGAAGUUUACUGUAUUUUUCAAAGUAGAUUGCUAAUUAGAGAGUCCUGAGAAGACAGAUAUUUUAAUUUACCAAGCCAUCUGUAUUUAUAAAUACAUACUACUAUUUUGUACUCACACAGAAGAUUAAGAACCUUCAGUGGAGAGCAUGCUCAUAGACUUGAUAAUGAAAAAAAAAAAAAAAUCACAGUAGAACUAGUGUUUUUUUCAUUUUCAGAUCUCUUCUGAGAGACUCUGCAUAGAGAUGGUGCUACUUUAAGCCCUGAUCCGAGAUUAAUUGAAACUAAUGCAAAAGACCACCAUGGACCUCAGCAGUAGGAUCAGACAUUUAAUGUGCUGGCACCACUGUUUUAGAAACGUUACAGGAGCGGGUGCUCCUCGGCGGGGCAGGAGGCUCUAGCUCCAGAGGACACGCAGCCCUGUGUCCUGUGUCCUGUGUCCUGCCUGUGGCCAGGACUGGGAGGGGUGGGGGGAGCAUAGCAGGGACCUCCCAGGUGGUGCAAGGAGCAACUGGCAUUUUGUGCCUUCCAGAAUUGGGAGUUAAAGGUAGGGAAACACAGUUCACCCAAUCCUGUCUGAUUUGCCUCGUGUCUGCAUGAGACCUCAGCUGUUUCACAAAAGAUAAAGGAAAAAUAUGGGGGGAAAAAAAUAGGUACUUUGCAUUAACACAGGAAACUAUUAUGCACAUUUUUGCAGGGAAAAAUAGAGUUUAUAUAAUAUUUUGAAGUUCUGUUUUUUCCCAAAGCUUGCCUUGUUAUUUCUGUUUUUCCAAGGAGAUGCAUUUCUUUCAAUGUGUCCUAAAUGUGCUCUGCACGUUGCAAAUGUGUUACACCCUGCGCACACCCAAUGCACUCCCAGUUUUGUAAGGCUGUGAAGUAACAGCGGUUGCUGCGCAUGAUUGUCAUCUGGCCAAAUAGCUUGGGAGUCGUGAAAACCGUAAAAAGUGACAUAUCAUUUCCACAUUAAAUAAAACUUCGUUAGCACCAUAAUGGAUCUAGGCGGGCGACUGUGCAAAAGCUAGUCAGGGUUAUUCUGUGCUUGGCCUUUGGGAGGACCAUUGGCAGUGGAGGACAGUACUGCUGGGAGAUACAGGCUCUUCAUAUGGUGCCCAUUCAAUCCAUGUCAUAAAUAAACCACCCCUGCAUAAGGUCAUAAUACAUAGUGAAUAAAUUGCUUCAUUUCUUCAGCCUUGUAAUAAACAGUUUUUAUGGCCUCUCAGAUUGCAAAAUGUUGAUUGUUCUCUUAUUAAUGGGCUGACACUGCACCCUUUAUUCAUGCUAACAAACAUGAACUAGACAUAAAGGAUGAUUAAAAAUUAAGGAAAAUUAAAUUUCCAGCUGUCUAAUACAUGAGGGUAGUAAUGUUUGUUACAAACCUUGAGAGAAAUAAAAAGCUUACCAUGCAAUAGUUGUGCAUUGAUAGGUGAAAUAUUACUAUUCAGAGAAAAAACUUUGAUAAUUUUUCAGCUUUCUGAAAUGUAUGAGGAAACAUAGUGGUUUAUAAAAGAAGUCAUAAGAAAAAUAAUUCCAAAAUCUGUUGCAAGGCAAUGUAAAAAUAAAAUUUAAAAUGGCUUCACUAAGCUCUACAAUAAAUGUAUAUUUUUUUCAUUUGUAGCAUUAUGUGGGAUAAGCUUUAAAACCAACAAGCAGCUUUGCAACUCUGUAACGUAGAGAGAUCAGUAACGUUACUGUGGUACUUAUUGUGAUUUGUUCCCCUUAUCAAUGUUGUACUGCACAGUACACUAUUUGGGGUUUCUUUAGUUUGUUUUCAUUAAAGUCAGGAGAGCUAGGGCAACAUAAAGCUGCAGUAGUUCACAGGUAGUUGAGACCUGUUCCUCCAAUUUUGUCUUCACUUGCAUGAGUAUAUAUUCCAUUAGCACUGUGGUGACAAGAGAGCAGACGGCAAUGCUCAAAAGCCCAUCUUGCCAUUUCAUUCUUUAUUUCAUACAGGUGCUUACAGAUGUCCUGGUUCCUUUAUAUAGGGUCUGCAAUUUUUCAUUUUCAACUCAGAACUAAGAGCUACAUUUAGGUCUCCAUUUUUUACAUCUUGAUGUGAUGCCAAAGACAUUGCAUGUUCUGAGAACUGUUUUCUGUAUUGAGAAACAAGAUGGAAUAAAAUAUUUGGUCUUGAACAGCUCAGAGCUGCGCUGCUGCUCUACAGUUUAGCAGACCUAGUAGUGCAGAUUUUUACUUUAGUGAUGUUGACUAGAUAAGUUUUAAUCCACUUAAUCUGCCUCUUCCUUAGAAUGACCCCCCCACAGGUCAGUAUUUAAAACCAAUUUUAAUAUAUAGAACACUUUAAGAUGUGGCCAAGUCCUAUUUCUGAAAAGGCGGGGGGAUACAGUGUGCUAGGUUCCCAAAUCAGUCUUUGUAUAUCUUGAAAAUAUCUUUGUGCGUUUCUGAAGAAGAGAAUCUGGUUUACUAAAAUUGGCUGGAAAUAUCUUCAGAGGAAGCUGCUGUGAAGACUAUGCAUCUGUCUCCUGCCAUGUGUGUUAGGCAAACUAAAAAUUCCACAGAUAGGUGCCAAAGAUCAUUGGGGAGAAAAAUAAUCACUUCAGAUAAGAGGCCCAUGAAGCAUGUUUAUUUUGAUAUUGUUACUUCCAUGUGUAAAUACAGCUGGGAGAAAAAAUGGCUUGUUUUCUCUCCAAAGCAGACAAAAUUUAGUAUGGCUAUGCACGAGUGGCAAUAUUUUAUUGUGUUUGAGAAAUGAGUGCAACUCAUUUAUUAGCAUUCAUAUACAGGACUCUUACAUAUCUGUUGUACAUUGUUUGUUCUUGCCUCAGUUAGCAAUCAACAUGUGUGAAAUUCAGACUGAUUGUGUACGGCUUCCCAAGCGCUUGAAUAAUACUCCGAAGAACCAAUCCAACAAGGCAUUAAACACACGCAUAGCUUUUUAAAGCAGGCAGUCCCAGAAUAAAGCAUAACACCAGGCAUACGUGUUUGUUAGAUUUUGGUGAAAAAAAUCUCAGUGUAGUCCUAGCUGACGUAUUUUUGGAAACUGUUGAAUAUAUGGUUUCAUUCUUUUCUUUGUUCCAUGUCUAAUUUUGACCUAUGGUGACACCACAUUUCAACAUCAUAUCUGGCAUGUUUCUUCCAAAUGUCACAUAUGCUACUGUUAAAAUAUAAUUCUUCCGCUUUCAAGGUUUAGACCAAUUUUCCUUAGUGCAGGGCCUGUGGAUUCCUGGUGUUCAUAAGGUUUCAGUAUGUGACAUGGAAGUGAAUUCAGGUGACUGAAAAAAUGCAACCAGGCAAAACAGAAAAGCUUUUGCAUGUAUUUCCACAUACAGCAAAGAAACUGAGAAGAUAAAGUCAUAAGUGAACAUAUGAAAUCUGAUACACCAGCACUGCAGGGAAGAAAAAAUAAUAAUCAGGUGUUCUUUAAUUUAAAAAGCUGAGAAAGACUGAUCUAAAUGAUUCAAAACAAGUAUGAGGAGUGCUAUGAACACACAAGACCCAGAAUAGAUAUUACUGGGUAAUUUCUGGGAGGAAAAGGAGAAAGAAUAAAAAGAGAGAACUCCAUCAAGUUGGUUUCAAUACUGACAUAUGUAGAAGACUCUGCUGUAUUAAUUUUAAAUUGUUACUUGAUAAGUAACUCCUUUUUCUCAGAUGGAAUUUCCGGGUUGCAUAGCAGCUAUGUUAUGGAUAUAUUGUGUAUGUACAGAUACAAACCAAAAAUUGCCUUGAAAUAAUUUAUUACUUCUAUUUUUUACCAAAUAAAAUGUUUCUUUUAAAGCUCA